AUUUCAAAUUUCAUGGAAACACAACAUACACUGAUAUUCUCGCAAGACUUUUCUAAAGAUAACAUUUUUCUAGUAGAGUUGGAAGAAAGUCUUCUUGAAUUAGUCGAAAAUAACGAAAGAGCUCCGUAUUUUGUGGGUUGUCCCAACAGAAACGAGGAAAACUUGUCUUGUGCCGGAGCGAACGAAGCGUACUUUUGCACAGAAAGAAAGACCUUCAAGGUGUUCUUUCGAGAAAGCUCCAACUGUAUAAUUCCAGUUCAAGCAAGUCAAUCGAAUAACUGUUCUAAAGUUUCUCUCCUUCAAGAUUGUGUAGUUCCUGUCGUUACACUACUCCAUGGACACUUGGAGUUAUUGACCACUGGCCCCCGAAUCGACGUUUUGAGAUAUUUGAUUGGCAACCAUAGAUCAUCUAACAAUCUAGUCACUCUUAAUAUUCAACAAAUCUUGGACAAUGUUCAAAUAAGUAGACUACAGCUUAUCGAUGAGUUGCGAAGAAUGCACAUUGUCCCUGUUGAGGACGGCUUGAAGAUUUUGACUGACACUGAGAUUGACCGCGCUUUAGAUGACAUUAUCUCUACAGGAACUCUGCAAAACUGGGAAAUGCCUCUUCGUUUGCCUCCUGCUAAAGAGAUUCUGAAGUAUUGCGGAGAUCAGUAUUCGGUCGCAGUGCGACAUUGUCUUGAUUUCUUUUGUAUUCCUAGAUCUGAUAACUAUCUGACUUUAGAUGAAUAUUCUGUAUGUCGCUUCAAGGCCAUGGGACUUCUUCAAAGUUUCAACGAAGAUGGUCUUUCUGUAGAAUGGAGCACUUUUGAGACAAAAUGGCAAAAUAGGGUCCCUGACUUUUUUCAGCCUCGUAUGGAAAUGCUUUCUGGACUUGCCAUAUUUGAAGAAGCUGGUCCUAAAAUGUUGAUUCACGCAUUGUUUGAGUCACAUUUGCCAGAAGAUAUCGAUAAUCGUGUAAAACUGCUCUUUCAGAAGAAAAGUAAUUGGACUCUUGAAGAAAUUGAACCUUAUUUAUUACCCGUUGUUUCCGAUGUUAUGAAGAUUGAACACAUUUUGAGAAAGCAUUGUCGUAUUUUAAAGACCAUUCAUAGUUUAGGAGGUGUGCUUUGGAACCGUCUUGUUGGAAGUUUUGCAGAGACCAAAAGCCCUCCAUUUUUCGUCAUAUGUGGAAAUAACGUCAUUGAACACCGAGAUAAAACGUUAAAGACGGCGAGGAAGAUAAAAGAGAUAGUAGAACAGCUCCAAAUACCGUGUAUUUUCAAAAGCAGCUUUGAUAAGGCCAACAGAACGAGUCACUUGUCCUUUCGUGGCGUUGGAUUGGAUGCUGGUCUUGAGAUUCUAAAAGCUGUGAAAGAAGAUACUGACCUGCCUGUUUUGACAGAUGUUCACGAGACUUGGCAGUGUAAUUUAGUCUCCGAGGUUGUCGAUGUAUUGCAAAUACCAUCUUUCCUUUGUCGACAAACUGAUUUAUGUCAAGCAGCUGCAGAAACUGGUAGAAUAGUGCACUUGAAGAAGGGAGAGUUUGCUUCACCCACUGUGAUGGUUGCUGCUGUUGAGAAAGUUCGAGCUACUGGCAAUGAUUAUGCUAUGAUUUGUGAGAGAGGGUUUUGUUUUGGAUAUUGUGACCUUGUAGUGGAUCCUCGUAGUUUGGUUCGUUUACGAGCGGCUCAAUGUCCUGUAGUUAUGGAUAUUACACAUGCACUGCAGCAGCCAAGUAGUUGUACUAUGAAAGAUGGUGCUGUCGUAAGUGCUGGCGAACGAUAUUUGAUUCCAACUAUUGGUAGAAUGGCAGCGGCAGUUGGAGUUGACGGUAUUUUCAUCGAAGUCGAUGAAGAGCCGGAUAAGGCUCCAGUAGACUCUCAUACACAAUGGCCACUUUCUCUUUUAAGGCCACUGUUGGAAGAACUUUUGAACAUAGCUAGAGUGAGUCGAGGAAAACGAUACUCUUAUAAGGACUCAAAUCAGGAAGCAUUGUAGCCAUAUGAAUUUUCGUUAUUCAAAAUAGAACAGUUUGUAUGACAAGU